AGAAAUGAUGGCCUUUACCUUCAGACAUUUAAAUCAAUACCUAAGAUACUGGUUAUAAAUAGACCAGGAAGAUUGAAAAACCAAUAGGUAAACAAAUGACAGCCAUGUUGGAUAAACUACCUGUUUAAUUAGGUAGAGGCUUUCUGAGCUUUUCCAAUGGACCCUCGGCUUAGUGCCCAGGAUGUCCUGCGCUGUGACCUGUGUGAGACUCCUGUUCCUCCAAUGUACUGUGACUUAUGUCAUGUCAAACUCUGUAAGGCAUGUGUAGGGGAGCAUCUCUCUGAUUUAUCUAAAGAACAUAAAGUGGUGCCAUUCAAACAGAAAGGAACUACGCCAAAAUGUCCAACUCAUGUCGGAAAACUCUGUGAAUUUCACUGUAAGGAAUGUCACCUUCCUGUUUGUUCAGUCUGUCUGACAUCUAAUUUCCACAAAGGACAUACUUUAUUGAAUUCACUGGAGAUAAUGAAAACAAAACAGAAGGCUAUACAAAAAGAUGUUGAUGAAUUGGCUAAUUCACUUUGCCCAAAGCAUGAAGAAAUUGUAGCAGAUAUACAGAGAGAAAAAACAAACCUAGGAAAGCAAUACAAGAAACUGACAACAGCCGUCACCAAACAAGGAGAAGACUGGCACAGAGAAAUUGACAUCAUUGUCAACAAACAGAAAUCUGAAAUUGAUGUGAUGAAAAUUAAGCACUCGACUAUUCUAGAUAAACAGGAAAAUGAAAUCAAACAAAUCAUUUCUGAAGUAAAACAGUGCAUACUUGAUCUGAAAAAAAUACUGGACACAAAUGAUGCCUCCCUGACCUAUUCAUACAAAUCCAGGAAUGCAGAAUUCAAAACAUUGCCUCUUAAAGUCAAAGUUUCAUUACCAAGUUUCUCUCCUCUUCCAAUCAAAACAGAUCAACUUUAUCAGAUGUUUGGUUCUCUGUCAGCAUUAUCCAUAACAACGGAAGGACAUGGCUACACAUUGGAGACACUAGAAGUUGUAUCCUGUCCUUUAGUCAAACCACUGCUUGAUAAACCAGAGACCAUGAUCUCCAUAGACACUGGGUACAAAGGUUUAAAAAGUGUUACCUGUCUCAGUAAUGAAGAAAUCUGGACGAGUGGAGAAAACAAAAUUAUGAAAUUCUACAACCUCCGAGGCAAACUACUGAAGUCAAUCGAAACCAAGUCAGGGAAAGAACCAUGGGAUAUAGCAGUGACAAGAAGUGGAGAUCUAGUCUUUACUGACUUUAUGAAUGACACAAGAACUGUAAACAUAGUGAAGAAUGACCAGAUACAGGAAGUGAUCAGACUACAGGGGUGGAAACCUUGCAACAUCUGUAAUACCUGCUCUGGUGACCUCCUGGUUACCAUGUACAGUGAUAAUGAUAAACAAUCAAAAGUUGUCCGUUACUCUGGUUUCACACAGAAACAAACCAUUCAGUUUGAUAGUAAAGGUGAACCUUUGUAUUCAUCUGAAGACAACAUUAAAUACAUCAGUGAGAACAGGAACCUGGAUAUCUGUGUAGCUGACUGGGCAGCCAAAGCAGUAGUGGUGGUUAAUCAGGCAGGAAAACUCCGAUAUAGAUACACUGGUCAUCCCUGUACUGCCAAGGGAUUUUUUCAACCUUGGGGCAUCACAACAGACAGCCAGAGUCAGAUCCUGACAUCAGACUUAAGCAACAACGGUAUCCACAUCCUAAAUCAGGACGGACAGUUCCUCUAUUUCAUUGAUAACUGUGAUCUACGUUGUCCAUGGGGUUUAUGUGUAGACACCAAAGACAAUCUCUUUGCCAUACAAAAAGUUGUGGACGAAUUGUCCAAUUCAGUUUGCCCUAAAUAUGAAGAAAUUUCAGCAGAGAAACAGAGAGAAAAAACAGACCUAGAAAAACAAUAUGAGAAACUGACAACAGCUGUCACCAAACAAGGAGAAGACUGGCGCAGAGAAAUUAAAAUCAUUGUCAACAAACUGAAAUCUGAUAUUGAUGAGAUGAAAACUAAACACCUGGCUGCUCUAAAUGAACAGGAAAAAGAAAUCAAACAGAUUACUUCUGAAAUAAAACAGUACAUACUUGAUCUGGAAAAAAUACUAGACUCCAAUGAUGUCUCCUUAACCUCUGCAUACAAAUCCUGGAAUGCUAAAUUCAAAACAUUACCCCCUAAAGUCAAGAUUUUAUUACCAAGUUUCUCUCCAUAUCAAAUCAACAGAGAACAGCUCAAUCAAAUGUUUGGUUCUCUGUCAGCAUUAUCCAUUACAACAGAAGAACAUGGCUACACAAUGAAGACACUAGAAGCUGUAUCCUGUCCUCCAGUCAAACCACUGCUUGAUGAACCAGAGCUCAUCAAUACCACACACACUAAGAUUAGACUACAGAGUAUUGCCUGUCUGAGUGAUGAAGAAAUCUGGACACGUGGGAAUGACAAAAUCAUGAAACUCUACAACCUCCAGGGCAAACUACUGAAGUCAAUCCAAACCAAGUCAGGGAAAGAACCAUAUGACAUAGCAGUGACAAGGAGUGGAGAUCUAGUUUAUACUGUCCCUAAUGCAAGAACUGUAAACAUAGUGAAGAAUAAACAGAUACAGGAAGUGAUCAGACUAAAGGGGUGGAAACCUUACAAUAUCUGUAGUACCUCCUCUGGUGACAUCUUGGUUAUCAUGAACAGUGAAGAUGAUGAACAAUCAAAAGUUGUCCGUUACUCUGGCUCCACAGAGAAACAAACAAUUCAGUUUGAUAGUGAAGGUAAACCUCUGUAUUCAUCUUAUGACACUAAAUACAUCAGUGAGAACAGGAACCUGGAUAUCUGUGUGGCUGACCACAUAGCCAGUGCAGUGGUAGUGGUUAAUCAGACAGGAAAACUCUGAUUUAGAUACACUGGUCAUCCCUCUACUGCCAAGAGAUCAUUUCAACCUUGGGGCAUCACAACAGACAGUCAGAGUCAGAUCCUGACAUCAGACUUUAGUAACCACUGUAUCCACAUCCUAGAUCAGGAUGGACAGUUCCUCUGUUACAUUAAUAACUGUGAUCUAUGGCAUCCAUGCGGUUUAUGUGUGGACACCAGAGACAAUCUCUUUGAGGCUAAGUACGUUAGUGGUAAAGUGAAGAAAAUCAAAUACAUGUGAAUAAUUAGGGAAGUGCAUAUGAAGAGAUUAUAAACCUUGUAGACAGAAGAAAGUAACAUUAUACUUUGAUGUCUGUUUCAUGGUUUGUUACUGAAAAUGUCCUUCCACUUGCAAUAUAAAA